AUACAGUUACCGGUAGUUACUUUCUUCUGCGAAAUAAAAGCCGGCCUGAAAUCUCAUUUACCGAUCAAAUUCUUUUUCUGUAUGGAAAAUUUCGAAAUGGUUUACCAUAAAUCCUGACGCUAUCGAGGCGGGAAAAGGCGUGGAGAUGUGGGUGUCGGUGAUAGUGUUUCUUCUUGGGGCGCUGACGGUCGUCGGAGCGGAAGCCCUGGGAGCCGUCAUUUUGAUACGAUGGUUGAAUCGGAAGUUAGCUCGAGAAGUAGCAAGAUCCAAGAUCGUCAGAGAGCAAUCAAGUCCGGGAAAUAUUGAUCCCUCUUCCCGCAGAAAGCAGGCUGAUGCAGAAAAAAUCCCAAGAGCUUCUCCUUUGGACAAAGCUUUGAGACAGCAAAAGGGAAAAAAAGAGAUCUUGGAGGUUACACCUAUAAAGAAAUAUGCAAAAUUGAGGGAUCAUUUUCUCAUUUUAACAGAAUCAGAUGCUUCUCACACAGAAAUUGAACUUAAGGGUUGUACAAUAGCAGCUGUAUCUGCAUCAGACUUGUCCUCGAGAAAAUGGUAACUCAGAAUUUACUAUACACAGCAUCACAGGAAUUCACUCUGCUAAUAUCUAUACUACUGUUAAGUAGGUCCUUUUUACUUAAAUUGUAUGUGAAUUGCUUUAUCUCUUAACUAGACAUCUUAAAUCUGGAAAAUGAUAAGGUUCUGCUUCUUUUAAGCUUUUAGUUGUUUGGGUUCCUGGAAGGCAACUUGGAAAAACCCAUUUACAAGAAUUAUACUAGAAGAUGGAAACUUAAGGGCCUGUAAAACAGUUCUUUGCUUUCUAUUUUCCAUUUCUAGUUUUCCAAAAUUUUCAAUUUUUCAUUUUCUAUUAGUAGAAAAAAUUGCUGGCAUUUGAAUUACCAAUGUUGUCACUGAGUAGUGCUAGAAAGGAAGACAACUGCUAGGCGGUUGGAA